ACCAGUUCUUAUUCCUUUUUACUCCUGGUCUGGAACACAGCCUGAGUCUCCAUCACUACCAUCCAAUGGGAAAUUCAGACUUCCACACGGAGACCUUUCUCUCAGAAAUCCCACCAGGUCAUCACCUGGCCCACAUGGAAGCAAGGAAUGAUACUCAAAGUUCAGAAUUUAUUCUUCUGGGGUUAUCAGAGGAACCAGAAAUGCAGCCCCUCAUUUUUUGGCUUUUCCUCUCCAUGUACCUCAUCACUGUGUUGGGGAACCUGCUCAUCAUCCUGGCCUUCAGAUCAGACUCCCAACUCCACACCCCCAUGUACUUCUUCCUCUCCAACCUGUCCUUUGUGGACAUCUGUUUCACCUCCACCACCAUCCCCAAGAUGCUGGUCAACAUCCAGACACAGAGCAAAGCCAUAAACUUUGAAGGCUGCAUCACCCAGAUGUAUUUUUUCAUACUCUUUACAGGGCUGGAUGACUUCCUGCUGACCGUGAUGGCCUAUGACCGCUUUGUGGCCAUCUGCCACCCGCUGCACUACACAGUCAUCAUGAACCCCCGGCUCUGUGGGCUGCUGGUCCUGGUGUCCUGGAGCAUGGGUGUCUUGAAUCCCUUAAUACAUAGCCUAAUGGUGUUGCGACUAUCUUUCUGUUCAAACAUGGAAAUCCCCCAUUUUUUCUGUGAACUCAACCAGGUUCUUCAGUGUUCCUGUUCUGACACCUUUCUUAAUGACUUGGUGAUAUAUUUUCUAAUGGUGUUCCUGGCUGGGGGGCCCCUCACUGGGAUCCUUUACUCUUACUCUAAAAUACUUUCCUCCAUACGUAGAACCACUUCAGCUCAGGGGAAGCAUAAAGCAUUUUCCACCUGUGCCUCUCACCUCUCAGUUGUCUCCUUAUUUUAUGGCACUGCCUUUGGAGUGUACCUUAGUUCUGCCGUUUCCCACAGCUCACAUUCAAGUGCAAUAGCCUCGGUGAUGUACGCUGUGGUCACACCCAUGCUGAAUCCUUUCAUCUACAGUCUAAGGAACAAAGACAUAAAGGGGGCUCUGAAAAAACUGUUUGGAGUGGCUGCUAUAUUACAAAAAUUGUCUGGGGACUGAAGAAAUGCCUGUGAGUGCAGGGCUGAAAGUCUUGGACCCAGAAAUUGCUAUUGUGUCAUCACAAUAAGGGAACUGAAGUUGUUUUUUCAUAUUUAUAUCCGGACUUUCCGUUUCCUUGACCUCUAGCCAAUAAA